AGCGCCGUUAAAGACGAAGGAUCAAAUCGUUUUGUCAAGAAGGCUUCACAACUGCACGCACCAUACAAAAAAAGAUUAGUUGUGUAGUGGGAGUUACAUUAGACUGUGAAAAUGUGCUGUGCUUCUUAUCUAAUAAGGCGACCCAUUAAUAGAAAACUGUUUUCAAUUUUUUUAAUAUGUUUUUUCUUUAAAAGAAACGUUUAUGAUAUGAUAGUAUAAGAAAAAGAAGAUUAUUGCGUUCCUGUGACAGGUAUGGUUUAAAAUGCGAAACUGUAUAGAACAUAGCAAUACUGGCUUAUAACGUACAAAAAUGCAAAUUGUUUGAUUGAAAAAAAGCCUGCUUGCUUUGAUUUCUUGUGGACAAAUGGAAAAUAAACCAUUCAGAAGAGAAACGAGAGCGCAUCAUGAAUCAGAGAGUGAUGACGCGAGCUAUUUAAAAAAAACAUCACACUCAUCGGCUUCCUGUACUUUUGGGCGCCGCAGCGUUUUAAAAAAUCGCCAUUUAAAAAAGCUAAAAAAGUCAAAAAGUCCAUCUCCUGUAUCUAACGACAUUGUCAAAAAAGAAAUGUUGCAAGUACAGAAACAAGAGCAUACACCAAUGCCAGUAAAGAGCGUCGAAAAAGUUUCAUUCGUGAAGGAUAUGUUGCGAGACUCGAGAAGUUCCCAAAUUAUCGCUCGGCUAGAUACCCAAUAUAUUUAUCAUGUCGCGCCUUUUUACGUUGAUUCAAUUAAAAAAAAGUCAAAUUGGAAAGAAAAAUGUGUGCGUCGUUAUUUUUUUCGACGUGAGCCUGUCAACGAAGAGAAACAAAUAGAUAUGACAAGUCAUGUCGUCGAUGCCAAAAUUAUGGGUGAUGCUAAGAGAGAUUGCUAUGAAAAUUGUACCUUGUCUUCUUUAUGGUUGAAAUUGUCAAGUUUGGAAUGUGAAUCCCAUGUAAAGGGGUUAACACCAAGAGAGAGAAUGAAUCGUCGUUUGGACAUUUUAAAAGAAGGCUUAGAGCACUGUGAGGAGAAUAGUUUGUUACUAUUAGAAUUUUUUUCAAUACUUCAAGUAAGAGAUAAUUUUGAACAAGUGGAAGAUUAUUACGUUAAUUUUUUCAAAUCUAAAAAAGCUCUGACAUGUGUUGAAGAUGAUCCUGUAACGACUUUUCUUUCAACAGUCAAAUCGAAAGAAAAUGCUCCUUGUAUUCUUUACGAAUAUAUAACAUUUUUAUGUCAUUCUCCUCGAUUUUCCUGUUCAUCUAUAGUACAAAACCUUGUCACCAAUUUUUCAACUUUGAAUAUUCUGAACGCUUCAUCAAAGAAACAAUUUGAUAAAACUUUUCUUAUGGUAGAGAAAGAAAAAAAAGACUCUUUACUCUACAAUGGAGCAACAUGUUUUUACUUUGUUUUUCAACUUUUAUAUAUUGUGGCGUCCGCAAGUCAGUGGAAUCUGGUCGCUACUAUUCUUCAGAUUUUAGGUCACUGGGAUAUGCUUUUAACCCUGAAAAACCCUUCCAAUUGUCUUCCGAGUUUAGAGAAAGAUGUUUUCACGUUUUGGAACGCUAAAACACCACGACUUGGAUGUAAAGCUGCAACAAGUUUUUAUUUAUCAAUUCUUCAAACUACAAGUGUUUGGUCUUUUGAUUCCAAUGCACCCUCUUCCACAACGCCGCUUUUUACACCCUUAAAUACUUUACAUGAUAUACUUGAAGACAUUUUCGAAGAAAUUAAAGCGCCUUCUUUUAACCUCUCUUAUACUUGUACACGCGAUUCAUGGUAUGCAGAAGAAGCACAUAAGGAUCAGCUUUUUUGGUUAUUUCAAGACAUUGACAAUUGCAUUUCACAGUUCCCUAACGCUGAGGUGUCUCUUCAAGGGAAUUUAAUCCAAUCCGAUAAUCGUCCAUUCAUUGAAUUUUUACUACGUGCAGUGAUGGGAUGUUCUCUCAAACAGUUGAGGCACGGUUUAUAUGAAACACUAGGUUAUGCAUUUCUAGUAUUGCGUCACGGAUCAAAUUUUAUGGAGUAUCAAAAGAAUUUAUGUGAUAGCGAAAUUGAUUUGCUUUUCGCGUUAAUACAGGGAAUUCAAUCGCGUGAACUGGACUCUUUUACUUUAGUGCAACAAAAUAGAAAACAUCUGAAUGGAAAAGAAACACCGAUUCUUCUAAGUGAAGCUUUAGGUUUUUCCUUAGGCGGAACGAGUGUUUGUGAUUUACAUUUUUCUUCUUCUAUUCUAACUCGUAUAAAAUGUUUUCUUGAGGAUUCAGCAUCUGAUCCAGAUUGUAUGCUACUCUUACAAAAUGAUCUUUGUGAACGUUUCGCGACUCAACAAUUAUCAUUAGCUUAUUCGUGCACCUUAGUUGCAUUACAAAUGUUAAGUUGGUGUUUGGAUGAUUCUAUUCUUUUAAGCGCUGUUAUUGCAUUUCUAUGUUAUACUAACAAAUCAUCACUAGCAAAAAAACUUUUAAUGCUUAACGAUACAUCUGUCGAUGGAUGGGGAUAUUAUAUUCUAUUUCAUUACAUAUCAAAUCCGACCUUAAAACGGUUAACAGAUGUACGCCUAACAAGUUUUCGUAUUCUCAAUGCAUUACAACUUUUACCUGAUGAUUUGAGUUUUCUUUCUAUUAUACUUCGCGUGGAGUGUUUAGCAUUAUUGCAAACGCAAAAGACAUUUGAAUCAUCCAACUAUUUUUCUUUAAGGACAUGCGUUUCAUGUUCGCCUAGAAUUUUACAAAUUUUAUGUUUCAUUAGUGAAGGGUGUUUGGAAUCAUGGGCUCAAAUGGAUAAACAAGAUGAUUCUUCGUGCCAUGCUUGGAUGCCACAAACAAUUCCAUCUCGUGUAAGGUUAUUAGCUGCUUAUAAAUAUUUUUCUUCGUAUGUUUUAAAAGAACGAAACAUAUACGAAAAUUCGCAACAAUUCGUUGAAUCUGAUUCAACGUAUCUUCUUCCCAAAACAUGGUAUGUUGCAGUGUUAGCCACUGCUAUAUUACAAUCGGUGAUUGAAACACAACACGAUGCUUGGGCUUUUGUUUCUAAUACUUUCUUACCAUUUCAUGAGCAUUUGGCGCAACAAAUCAAUACAGACCAUUGUUUCACAUUAAUACAUCAGAAAAAAUUUCAAUCAGGCAUUUCUUCUCAAAUUGAAGGAAUCUUGGAUAUUUUCUUGUUAAGCGUCAUAACAUGCGCACCAACACCCCAGCUUUCUUAUUCUUAUUGGGAUUUUUCUUUGCUCCAAAAAAUUAUCCACUAUACUCUAAACUACUUUCCUCACCAUCAUCGUUGUGCUUGGAUAGCAACACAACUUUUUCGUACAAAAUCCACAGUACUCCAACUACGUUGUUUUUUAUCACCGUCUUUAUCUUCAUUGAAAGGAGUUGUCAUUUCUGAACUCGCAAGUGGUUUUCCUUGUUUUCGGCGUUUAGAAAAUAUUUUCGAAAUGGCAUCACAAACAAAGCAAUACAAAUUCAAUGAGAAUUUUUGGAAUUUAUAUUUAUGUUGCCUUUUGUUUGCUAAUCGAUUAAGAAAUUCAUUUUUCAUUGGAUUACCAAAGUCAGAUUCCCUCGAACAACUUGAUCAACUUAACACAAAACUUUCGAGCGUAUCACAACGCGCUUGUUGUUACUGUCCUUUUUCAAAAAAACUUUGGUUACAGCGUAUUUUUAUUCUCCAAAUGUUCGUCGAAGAAAAACGGCUUCACCCGGACCAAUUUCUAGAAAAUAUGGAAAUAUUAUGUCGCACACAAGUUCACUGUCAAUUAGACCCCUUAUUUGUGAUUACGAAUACACACAUUUAAAAGCAAUAUUUCAUU